GCAAAAUAUCAUCAAAACACAAAAAUAUAUUUAAAAAAAAAAAAAACUGCAGUGUGUGCGUGCCCAGAGCCCCUCUCUCCAGCCUCCAAACGCAACCACGUGCCCAUCCCCCCCCCCAUCUCUCCCAGCGGGACACCGGACUGAUCACGCGCUCUCCAGGUCACAUGAUCGCCCGCCCAAUCCCAUGGAAUGCUGCCCAAUCGCCGUGGGUGACGUCACUCAUGUAGGCGUGCCCCGGGAAUUCGGUAUAUUUAUAGGCGGCCGCUCGGAUCGAUGCCUGCUAUUCCCGAGUCAGGGUCACAGAGUAAGGUAUGUGUAUACAGCGGGGGUGAUAAAACGGUGGGGGCAGGGAGUCAUUGUGUGCUGAGAGUUUGGGGGCAUGAAGGAAUACAGGGAGUGAGGGGUUUACAGUGCCCGUUACACUCGGUGCUGGGUACAGUGAGACCCGUGUGACUCCAUGCGGUAUGGCAGUGAGUAGAGGGUCCGUGUAUGUUAGUGCAGUGCGGAAUAUUGCUAUAAAUACUGGAACCGCCUCUCCCGGUAAGUGCCCACACUGUACUCUUGCCCUUGAAGUGUUCCAGUGAUGGGCCGUGUACGCUGUGUGUAGUAUAAGCGGUGCUGUUCAUGCUGUGAGGGUUCGAUGUGUAGAAUGUUCGCUAUUUUCCGGCUGUACAGUUUGGUCCCACCUGGUGUUCCUGGGUCUCUUCCUCCCAUCACUGUGGCUAUGAUGGUGAGACCCUCUGUUUACUUGUCUCAUUUCCCCCGAGGCAGUUCCCAUCCAGCUUGUUUUGAUCAGUCUCCUCCCUAUUCUAUCAGCUGCUCCCAGCUAUGACUCUGCAGGAUGCGUGUAUGUAUCAUCAUGCAACACGUUCUUGCAUAACCUCUCUAGUAUUGCAUGGAGCUGUGGAUAACCCGUUAGACACUUUUUUUUCUGUCUCUAGUCUAUUUAUUAGUGUAGAACUGUAUCUUUCAAAUUCUGGCUAAUGUUUUACUUCCAUAGUUUACGUAAUUUUUUUUAAUUUUAUCAAAAUUCACUCCCGGCAGACCUAAAACUAAAAUCCCUAAACUAAUCUUAAAGCCACCAAUGCAUUUAAAGUGUAUCCAUUAGAUGUUUACUUCUCAAAUUACAUUUAAAUAACCUCCUCCUGCUUUAAUUGUGCUGCUGUUGACUAGAGGUGUGAGUUGCAGUUUCUUGGGUUGACAGCUGUUCAGUUCCUUUUUGUGUAUCUGAUCUGUGCCUUUCUUUUGUUAACUGCAAUUGUGGAUUGUCAUUGAAUUCUUUCCUCCUUCCCCCAGCUAAGGAAUCAUGGUGCUGCUUUGGAGUAUUGUUGCAGUUUGCCUAACUGCAGUGUGUGCUGCCCCUUCUAUGGAUCCUGAACUGGAUAGCCACUGGCAGCUGUGGAAAAGCUGGCAUGCCAAAUCUUAUUCAGGGGUAAGUCCUCCCAGAGUUGAAAUUGCACUAAAUGGUUUUGCACAUGUGUACAAUGUAGAAAAUUGGGUUUAAAUUUUGCUAUAAUUUGAAUGUGGUAAGCUAUUACAAUCCAAUGGAGAACCUCUUUAUUUUUUCACCCUCGCUAAUGAAUGUGUAACACCUUUCUAAUAAACUCAUCCAAAUGAGCAUUUGAUUUAACUUGUCUACCUAUUUCAAUGAAGGGUAGAACUGGUGUUGGUAAUUGGCUGCUAAUAGUGGAAGGUUUAACAGUGCUCAACUUAAUGUUACUGUUAUGCACUCUUUACUUUGCAAUGUGUAAUUAAUUAAACUAUCUUGUUCCACAGAAGGAAGAAGGUUGGAGGAGACUAGUAUGGGAAAAGAACCUUAAAAUGAUUGAGAUGCACAACCUUGACCACUCUAUGGGAAAACACUCCUACAGGAUGGGAAUGAACCAGUUUGGAGACAUGGUAAGAACUAAAAAUGUCAGACUGCUAAAACCUCGACUUCACUUUGUUUUAAGGUCUAGCACCAUAGAUUACUGUUUCUUAAAAAUGGUUAAUUGAUCUCUAACUUUUUUUUAAUCUGAAUAGACAACAGAAGAGUUCAGACAGUUGAUGAAUGGAUACAAGCGCACUCCCUCAAAGGCAGUUGGAGCAACAUUCCUAACUCCCUUAAACUUUGAAGCACCCAAGACAGUCGACUGGCGCAAACAUGGAUAUGUAACACCAGUUAAAGAUCAGGUAAUGGCAAUAUUGUAUUUGGUCUCCCUUGUCUCAGUGCUGCGCAGUCACUUAUACAGAUGUAACACUUGCUAAUGUGAACAAGACUGCCUAAACUUUAUUUAAAUCCAGUGAAGGCUGCUCAGUCUGGACAAAACUCCUAGCUAUAUUUGAUGGGCAUGAAAGAGGCUGGCUUUUACGUUAUGUGCUACAGUAAUUAAAUUGUCAGUUGAGAAAUUCUGGAGACGUUCGACCUUACUCCAUAUUGAUACAAAUCUCUGAGACUAGUCAAGGUUAUUGACUCUGAACACUUCUUGCAGCCAUAUAGGAUGGCAUCUUUAAUGGUUUAACAAGGCCUGUAGCUAAAGGUCUUAUGGUGCCCUUUAAUCAUGUAGCACUAGCUUAUGUAACAACAUAAAUAUUAAGUUUGUAUUACAUUCUCCUUACAGGGGCAGUGUGGUUCAUGCUGGGCUUUCAGUGCCACUGGUGCUCUUGAAGGACAGCACUUCCGGAAAACCGGAACCAUGAUUUCUUUGAGUGAACAAAAUCUAGUCGACUGUUCUAGACCCGAAGGCAAUGAAGGCUGUAAUGGUGGGCUAAUGGAUCAAGCUUUCCAAUACAUAUCUGAUAAUAAUGGUAUAGAUUCUGAGGAAUCAUACCCAUACACUGCUAAGGUAAGCCUAUUCAACCUUUCAACUUGUAACCUCUGGCACUGAUGUGUUGACAUUAAAGAGCCUUCAUAACUGUAACGGUAUACUCAAAUGCAGCAUCUAACAAAUAGCCUUAACUUGUCCUCACAGGAUGGCACAGAGUGCAAAUAUGACCCAUCUUUCAACUCUGCAAAUGACACUGGUUUUAUGGAUAUCAAUAAGGGAGACGAGAAGGCACUCAUGAAGGCUCUUGCUUCAGUAGGCCCAAUUUCUGUUGCAAUUGAUGCAGGACAUUCCUCAUUCCAGUUCUACCAAUCUGGUAAGAUCACCAAAGUUGUUUGAGAUGUAUGCAUGCAAUGUUUAUUGAUGGCUGUGUACUUAAAGGCACUUCUCUUACAGGAAUCUAUUAUGAGCCAGAGUGCAAUAGCAGUUCCCUUGAUCACGGUGUUCUUGCUGUUGGCUAUGGAUUUGAAGGAUCAGAUGAAGAUGGCAAAAAAUACUGGAUUGUGAAGAACAGGUAGGCAUGGCAUUCCAUUAUGUUAAAUAAUGGUUCCACAUUGUGAGUUCUUCCAAUUUUUAGUUGCCAGACUUGGAACACUUUCUGGCUGCCCAGACCAUGUGUGGCUGUGAUCUGGCACUAACUAUCAGUACAAUGCACAUGACUACUUUUUAAAAGUAGAUGUUGGAGUAAAAAGUUCUUAAUUUAAAGGGACAUUUUCAACAUAACUAGUGGUGUGGUGCCAGGAGUCACUCUGCAACUCAUGUAACUUGUGAAUUAUUUUUUUUCAUUAAGUUUCACUGUUCUGGCUUUUAUACCUUCAGAUCAGCUUUUUAAAUAUUGUGUAUGAAAUCUCAAUUCUUUUCAGAACUUGAAAAUGUCAUUUCAAAUUAAAUGUUCAAAAUAAACAAUUACAUUUAGGCCUCAAUCAGAUGGCUAAAGUCCUUCCAUACUAAUUUUCAAACUGCUCAUAUACUAUGUUGCCAGGACCCUGUAUUGGUCACCUCUUCUAGCAAGAGUACCCAUCUCAAUGUUAUGACUCGUUAAAUUGAUCUUGGUUGUUUCUCACACCCUAUAUGAUGAAGCCAUAACUUUUUUAGUCCAAUCGAUCUUGUCUCUAGUAGUUGCCACUGAAAACUAACAAUUUACUGUCAAAAUGUUGCAAGUAGAUGUGCAUGAAAUUCCAGUUGCUAAUAUUUUCUUUCCCCCUCAGUUGGAGUGAAAAAUGGGGAAAUGAAGGCUACAUUUGGAUUGCAAAGGAUAGAGACAACCACUGUGGGAUUGCUACAGCUGCUAGUUAUCCUCUAGUCUAAUUUGAAGAUCCCUGUCUAGAAUACACCAGGAUGUGAAUCUUGUUUUAAAGAACUGACCGUUUACUUACUGCUCAAUGACAUAAGUUAUUGUCACAUGUUGGGUUUUGUGUCCCACAUUCAAGUUGGAUUUUAAUUUGUUUACAUUGAUCAUAAUGAACUUGUUUUGUUUGUAAUUCUUUUGUAAUAUUAAACUUGUUAAAUCAACUUUUUUGUUUGGUCUGCAAAGGCAUAAUCAAUACAAACACUAAGUUAGUAUUGAAGCCAUGUACAUGUAGUGAUGUAGCCUAGACCAGUCACAUGGUUAAAGUCUGGCAGGGCAAAAUCUUGCAUGUUUCAUAAAGGCUUUUAGUGUAUUAGACCAACAAUGACUAGUCUUUCUAUAUGGUCUAGCUAGGAGGCACUGCUACAUCACUUGCUUAAAGAUGCCUGUCUGGCUUUCCCAGCAUCUUUGGAUCUGUCACUCAUGCAGUAGUUUUGCAUGAAGUCUAUUUUAGCAAACCUUACUGUUCCAUUCAGAACAUGGAACAAUCACCACCAAGCAUUUGUUGGUGGUCAAGGAAGAUGUGCUUCAGGUAGUACCAGAACCAUUUUACAAUAAAAUAAAAACAGGCUGGCCGAUUUAAAAUCGUGGAAUGCUAGUGGUUUAAAACAGUAUUUCACCAAUAAGUCUUCGAACUUUAACAUCGAAUCCACAUUUCACAAGGCUUUCCCAUCCAUGCACUGAAAAUUUAUAAAAUCUUACUCCUUUUCCUAGUCUCAAAUUGUGCUGCUGUCAUUUUCAAGUGAAUCUAUCUUGGAUGCUUGUCAGAGGAGCCUUGUGCACUGUAGGUGCCUAUGGUUCUGUUGAAGACUCUUUGCAUGAAAUGACUGACGACACUGCCAUUGUGUGGUGUCAUACUAAAUACCAUAAAAGUAAGGAUAACCAGUGGGGCUUCUAAAGACACGUGUCACUCUUCCACUUAUUCUAGUGGCGUGCACAUACUAAUAAAACUAAACUUUAUUUUGGUUCCUGAUACUUUAUGCUGCUAUUCAUCAGCUGUUUCAACACAUUCCUAUCUCCCACCCUGCCUAUAGUUUACAUAUUAAACUUUUUAUAAGAUAUUGGUAAAGGGUUAUUUGUGUUUUGCCUCAUGUGUAUUGUAACAUAAUAUGAUUGGGUAUCAGCAGUAACAGUCCCUGUUCUACCUAGAGGGCUUGGUGCUGUGGUUACAACCCAAAAGGUUUGGAGCAUAGAAAUGAAGGCACUAUAAAAGCUUUAACAAGAAGAUGUUAUAGUGGCUGCAGUGUUCAUUUUAAGUUCUUACCACCUCUAUUAAUUGAACUUUGAAAAUAAAAAAUAGGCCACUAACAGAGCAGGAGGUAAGAACUUCUAAAGCACACUGUGCAAUAACCAGAUUAGAAAUUGGACUUGUAUUUGGGGCUAUGUUAUCCAGUAGGAAGUGUUGGCUUGGGGCUACUGUCAAUAUGUUCUUGGUUUGUUUAUAUUUAAAGCUAUAGAAAGGACAUGCCCACCCUGGCAUCCUCUAUACCAGCAAAGACUAAGCAGCGCAGACAACCGCUAAUGUUGAGUCUGGGUAACAUGCCUUGUGUAGUCGUGUCUUUACACCUCCCUAUGAGCAGAACAUCCAUACAAAGAGUACUAGGGAAUCUGUGGUUUAACUUGAAAGCCUAAUUAUAUUACUAAACGCUAUAAAAUGCCAACCACACACUAGCUAACAUGUUGUGUUUAGUCAGUCAACUGUUUCAUUUGACUUUUCAAUUAACUCAUGUGUAAAGCACUAGUUUAUUUUUCUAUACUUCUCAGUCAGCCAGUACAACCUAUGUUUUAUCAACUGCAGUGUUAUUGCAUCACUGAUUAUCUUGCUCAAGCCUGAUGUGUCUAAUAUAAAACAAAUGUGCAUUCAAUUUCUAUGCAACAACUGUUAUACUUUGUUUCCUCCAAACAUGUUCCUGCCAUUGGGGCACGACAUGAACGAUUAUGUUUAAACUCGUGCACGGAAAAAUAAAGAAUUCAAAAAAGUUAUAGAAAGGGGCUUAAAAAAAACACAAACCUCUCCGCAAAUCAAAUAUGUAAGAGGUGCAAUGUUUAAUAAGAUGCUGUACAAAAUAAGUGUUACCUUUAACACCAUUAACAAACCCAAUAGUGUAGUGCUUCAUAUAAGCAUAUUUCAACAAAUGUAUUUUUCUAAAGUGUUAGUGCAAAAAAAAAGCUUUCUUACUAAGAGCGGAUCAAUAACUGUUUUAGAUGUACUAUAAAAUCCAGUAUAUACAUAGUUAUCACAUAGGAAGGGUUGGUUGCAAGUGCACUCAGUAUUAGACAUGAA